AUGGGAUAUUUGGGUAAUAAGAGCACUAAUAAUGCAGAAUCACAAACACAUUGCGGUGACGUGCCACAACAUUUUUGGGAUACACCAUAUUCACAGCCAUAUUUUGAUAACUCAACAAGAAGAGAUGUCACAGCAACGGUUGGACAAGCAGCUUUAUUACAUUGUCGUGUUAGAAAUUUAGGUGAUAGAGCGGUUUCAUGGAUUCGUAAAAGAGAUCUUCAUAUAUUAACGGUCGGUAUUCUAACAUAUACAAAUGACCAAAGAUUUCAAUCUUUACAUACUGAAGGAUCAGAUGAAUGGACAUUAAAGAUAUCAUCCCCACAGCCACGUGAUUCUGGUACAUAUGAAUGUCAAGUUUCAACCGAACCUAAAAUAAGUCAAGGAUUUCGGCUAAAUGUUGUUGUUUCAAAAGCAAAAAUUCUUGGUAAUUCAGAACUUUUUAUUAAAAGUGGCAGCGAUAUAAAUUUAACAUGCCAAGCAAUGCAAUCACCAAUUCCACCAUCAUUUAUAUAUUGGUAUAAAGGUAAACGUGUAAUGAAUUAUUCUCAAAGGGGUGGUAUCAAUGUCAUUACAGAACGUUCAACUAGAACAAGUAAAUUAUUAAUUGCAAAAGCAACCGUUUCUGAUUCAGGAAAUUAUACAUGUUCUCCAAGUAGUUCAGAUUCAGCCAGUGUUGUGGUUCAUGUUAUAAAUGGAGAACAGCCAGCCGCAAUGCAGCAUGGUAAUAGUAGUGCUAACAGUAUUCUUCUAUCAUUGUAUUCAUCAACAAGAACAUCUAGAGCAACCAGCCAUUUACAAAAUUUAAUGGCAAGACUGAAAUCAUAUUGGUCCUUGUUAAAUGUUUUAUUAUUAAUAGCAACAACAACAUCAAUUAGAUGAUUACAAAAUA